CCUCGGAUAUUCCAAUGGACAGCUUAGUUUUCCAAUCAAGUGGAAUUCUGCAGCAGUCAUAUUUUUUCCCCUUUCAGAACCCCUUCUCUUCUUUUUUAAGCGGAAACCUCAGCAUGCUGGCCACCCACCAAACUACAUGGAGAUGAUUUGGUAUCAUGAUACUCCAGAUUCUUCUGUGGUCUUGCUGCUUCUAUUGCUGUUUUUCUCCCCAUUUGGGCUACUCAAGGGCUGCAGCUUUAAUUAUUCACCUAUCGCUACUUCUGACUUUUCCCAGGAUAUAAAACCCCUGAAAGAAUAUUUGCUCCUGGACUACAAAGUAUCGAUGAAGUCCAUUCUGAAACCGGACAUAUUCUGCAGUUUGUUAUGGGAUCUCCAUUUCAUCAAUGAAAACUUAAAGGAAUUAAUCAAAGUGUCUGGGAAAAGCCUGAAAAAGUUAUUCGAGAAGAUACAUGAUCACACAAGAUUUGUCGAGGCAUGUAAUAUUAAAGAAGAUAAUAAUUCUACCAGUGUUGAGUUGAUAAAUAUCUCCCAGUUUGUAGAUGCCAUUCCUUCCCACCUUCGGAAUCUAUCAAUGAAGAUAGAGACAAUUACAUCGGAAGAAAAGUAUGCUGAUUUUAAGAACUGCACCAUUAUUCAGAGCCAAAUAGGUCAGUCUCUCUCUGUACUACAGAAUCUUCCGUUACCCAUCAACACUUCUGAUUGGAAGCUAGAGAAGAAACAGUUAUCUCAGCCAAUCUCCCACAAAAGGACUUACUGGUGGUUACUUCUUUCAGCUAUCUUAGUCUGUCUUCUCAUCAAUUUAUGGAAAAAAUGCCAGGUGUUCAAUUGGAUAUUUUAUAUGGUACAUAAACAAGGCUUAUAUCAAGACCGAAAUUGACAUAUGUGUAGUCAUUUUAUUUAGCCUUAUUAUAUUUGUUUUCUUCCUUUCUCUUUGCUGGUUAUGGGGGGGAGGGUUUCGGGCUUGCCACAUCCCUAAGGUGGGAGGAGUGGAGAUAGAGGGAGAUGUUUAGGUUGGGGGGUUCUUCUUCCCAUGGAAACACGAGCUGUUAGAGCUUAGGCCCCUUGAGGUAGAGAUUUAU